GUCGUAGGCAAGUUCUGGCUCCAGUCCAGCCAGCUCUCUGCCCUUUGCUAAGCCCGACGGACGCCACCUCCACUGUCUCCACGCUCGGCCACUGGACAGAAACGAGGGGCAGCCACAAUGCGGCUCUUCUUCACCUUGUGCCUGAUACUCCUCAGUCCUCGGGUUGCCAGCCUUGGCCGUGACCACUCCCGUGAGUGGAGAAACAGGGCCAAGGAGCUCCCUGGAGCUGCCAUGGGGUCUGCCAGGAGCAGGGACUUUGCCUUCAACCUCUACAGGGCUUUGGUUUCAGCUGACCCUGGCCAGAACAUCUUCUUCUCCCCGCUAAGCAUCUCCACAUCCCUGGCCAUGCUCUCCCUGGGGGCCCGCUCCCACACGAAGACACAGAUCCUGGAGGGCUUGGGCCUCAACCCCCAGAAAACCCCAGAGGAAAAGCUCCACAAGUCCUUCCAGCAGCUUCUGCAGGAGCUCAGCCGGCCCAGGGACGGCCUCCAGCUGAGCCUCGGCAACGCCCUGUUCACGGACCCGCAGGUGAGCAUUCAGGACACCUUCCUGAGUGCCAUGAAGGCGCUGUACCUGGCGGACAGUUUCCCCAGCAACUUUGGGGACCCCGUGGGGGCCAAGAAGCAGAUCAAUGAUUACGUGGCAAAGGAAACGAAGGGCAAGAUCGUGGACUUGGUUAAGGACCUUGAUAGUAACUCGAUCAUGGUCAUGGUGAAUUACAUUUUCUUUAAAGCUAAAUGGGAGACAAGCUUCAACAGCAAAGACACCCAGGAGAAGGACUUCCACGUGAGUGCAGAGACGGUGGUGCAGGUGCCCAUGAUGAGCCAAGAGGAUGUCUACUACUGCCUCCAGGACCGCGCCCUCUCCUGCGUGGUGGUGGGCAUCCCCUACCAAGGCAACACCACUGCUCUGUUCAUUCUCCCCAACGUGGGCUCCAUGGAGCAAGUGGAGAAUGGACUGAACGAGAAAGUGCUGCGGAAGUGGUUCAAGAUAUUCAGAAGGAGUCAGCUCCGGCUUUACCUUCCCAAGUUCUCCAUUGCGGGCUCCUAUCAGCUGGAGAAAGUCCUCCCCAAGCUAGGGAUCCAUGAGGUCUUCACCUCCCAAGCUGACCUGAGUGGCAUCACCAACCAUACAAACAUCCAGGUUUCUGAGAUGGUGCACAAAGCCAUGGUGGAGGUGGAUGAGUCGGGAACCAAAUCAGCCGCAGCCACAGGGACGGUCAUCAUGUUAAGGUCAGCCCAUAUGACCUUUCCCAGGAUUGUGUUCGACAGGCCCUUCCUGGUGAUGAUUGUGGAAGACAGCACCAAGAACAUCCUCUUCCUUGGCAAAGUGACUCACCCCUGAGGUCUUCUGAAAGACCACAGGCUUCCAUGAUGGGAGAUGGGGGAGCCCAUGCCCUGUCUGUCUGCUGGUAGCUAGUGAUGUCCAUGGGUUUGGUUGACUAAUGACAAGUCACGACAAACAAUAACACUGAUGUGCUGAUGAGUGCUUCUUUUCAAUCUCAAGACACAAGUGCCCUUGGAGAACAUCCAAUCUUGCCCUCACCUUUUCAUCAAUGGGGAGUAGCAUUGAGGCUCAGAGAGGGUGCGUGAUUUGCCCAAGGUCACAGAGCAUAUUAGUGGCAGAGAGAGGCCCAGAGCUCAGGCCCCUGAUGCCCAAGCCACUGCCACAUAGGAGGAGGGUUGUCCCAUAAAUGAAAAGGCCACCAGGAAGCCUAUCUCCAAGCCUGAUACCCUGUCCGUCAGCAAUAGUCAAUUCAUCAUGGAUCUGAAAGAACACUUGAAUGAGUUCGAGGAAACAGGCCUCUGUCCCAGCCCUAGCCAGCUGUGUGACAUUGGUAACAUUGUCCUUCUCUGGACCUCAUCUCCCAGGUUCACAAGGAAGGGUCAGGGCAAGGGGCCAUCCAAGGGUUCUUAUGGCAUCAAAACUAAAUGGAUCCUUGAAAUCAUAUAGAAAGGCUGAGGUGUGCCCUGCCAAUCACAGCUGAUUUCAAUACACUCAAGUACCAUUUGUUCUCUAAGAAAUACAAGUGGGCAGCAGGCAGAGAUGGUUCAUGGCAGGACCACGCGGACGCCAUCCUGAGCGUUAAGUACAAUCUCACAGGCCUGGUGGGGUGAGGGAGGAUGAACAGAGACCUGCCGCAAAUCAUAGUGUCGAUUGACAGCACUAAUGACUAACUUUUUGGAUUUUAGUGUUGGCAGUAAAAAUAAAGCAUUUUGCAAACCCAAGCGUCAUUGUCCUUGUGGAGACACCUCUGUGAAUGGUGACAUUAUUAGCUUACAGUGCUCUAGACUUGGUGCUGGGGGCUUCACCUAGAUGGGCCCACUUAGGACCAGUUGCCGUUGAAUCAGGGCUCUGGGUGGUGCAAACUGUUUGCACUCAACUACUAAUCUAAAUGUUGGUGGUUCAGACCCACUCCGUGGUACCACAGAAGAAAGACCUGGCCAUCUGCUUCCAUAAAGAUUACAGCCAAGAAAACACUAUGGAGCAGUUCUACUCUGUAACACAUGGGGUCACCACGAGCUGGAAUCCACUCGAUGGCAAUAGGCUUGGUUUUGGUUUGGCCACUGAAUGAACUCUGACUCAGGGUGAUCCCAUGUGUGUCGCAGGAGAACUAUGCUCUAUAGGGUUUUCUUUUUUAUUGAACUUUAGAUGAGGGUUUACAGAACUAGUUUCUCAUCAAACAAUUAGUAAACACAUUGCUGUAUGACAUUGGUUAACAACCCCACAACAUGUCAACACUUUCCCUUCUCAACCCUGGGUUCCCUAUUACCAGCUUUCCUGUUCCCUCCUGCCUUCCAGUCCCUGCCCCAGGGCUGGUGUGCCCCUUUAGUCUUGU